AUGGAAGUAGAUAGACCUUUGGUGCUUCCUAUUGCUCUCAAACCAUCGAAUUUGCGGCCCAUAGCUUACCGUGUGCUCACAAAAAAGUAUGGCCUAAACAUUAAGUCCACCGCGUUGGAAAGACUAAGUGACUACAUUGGACGCAAUUUUGGUAACGAAUGGCGAGGCCCCACAACUGUAAGCUUUUUGGAACAAGUGGGACGGAUGUGGAAGGAUCAGAAUCGAGGCUUAUUUAUCAAUGGUGAUGGUGUGGACGAGCUCAUCAAAGAGAUUACUGUGAAGAAUAGGAAGAAGAACAAGAGCGCGAAUGUAAGCAGGACUAAGACUAAGAUGACUGAAGAAACCUCAAAGGCGCGUGGAUUCGAGGUAUAUGAUGAUUUAAAGGCUGCUCAAGGAAUCGAGGAGAUUGGCGGAAGUCAGGCAACUCAGGCGACUCAGGCAACCCAAGAGACCGGAGGGACCCAAGAGACCCAGGAGACCCAAGAGACCUUGAAUACUCAAAUACUUAACGGUUCACAGAUGGAUAUCGAUGAAGAUGAGGCUAUAGAUUGGAAAGAUUUCUUCAAGGUAAUUGACCCUUCGCGUUAUACGAAGUUUAAGUAUGAUGCUAGAAGGAAGCAGUUUGAACUAAGCCGGCAUGAUGGAGAUGCAAAACGUAUAAUUCUCCCAACGGCAGAAGAUACUGUUAACUUCCAUAUCAACAAGUUUCACCUGUUAAAGGAAAAGCUCCUUAGAAACGAGCAUUUUCAGCCUUCGACAUUUAGUUCGAUGAAUUCUAUCACGGGGUCAAUUCAUCCAGGACUCGAAACUCAGCAGAUCACCCCCAUUAAGAACUUGUUGGGACGACAUGGCCAAAAUUUUGCAUUAUUUGGUCUACUGACCAUCAAUGCCAUGGGAUUAUGGCAAUUACAGGACGAUACUGAUGCGAUUGUGUUAGAAUUGUCACAAUGCAUAUUUCCUACAAAUUGUUAUAUUAUUCCGGGUAAUUACUUGAUUUGCGACGGUAUCUACUCAAACAGUGGUAAGUUUUACGUGAGUUCUAUCGCACCGCCACCUCCGGAAGACCGUGAUAUAUCUUUGAAUGCCUUGGGGAACCUUGAUUUUAGUGGUAUCUACGCUCAGAACGGUGGCCGUAUAGAUGGAGCUAUCAAAAGAAGACUCCCUCUACUUGAAAGAAAGUUUCCCGACCACAAAAUUUUAUUUCUUGGAGGUGAUAUCUUUCUAAACGAUUUGGAAAUUUUAGAAGCCUUGAAGAGAUUGUUCAAAGCAUUGACAGAGGAGAUUGAGGAAUCUGGCUCUGAGCCUUUGGCCAUCGUGAUGCCUGGAUCAUUUGUGGAAAAGCCACUAGAUGUGACAGAGUUUUCUUCCUAUUCGCAUAUUACCUCAUCUGGAUUGUACAAGUCGUAUUUUGAUUCGCUAGCCUCAAUUCUUGAAAAGUUCCCCAAGAUCUGCUCGACGACCAAAUUCGUUCUAUUGCCGGGAGAUAAAGAUCCCUGGAGUUCGAUGGUGACCAAGAAUGCCAAUGCUAUUUGGCCAAAGUUCCGGAUUCCAAGCGUGUUCGGAACCAGGCUCAGGAGGGGGGUCAAAAAUAUCGAUUGGGCAUCGAAUCCUUGUAAAAUGAACUAUCUAUCUCACGAUGUUACGAUAGUGAGAGAUGAUAUAGGGGAGAGGUUUAGAAGAAAUGAUAUUACUUAUGUUUCGAAGCAGAUGGAGGAACAGGAGGUGAAUAAUAAGCAGAAUAAUGCGACCGAGAAACUAGAGAAAGAGACGCAAACCGAAACUGACAAUGACGAUGACGAUGAGGAGAUAAUCCUUGAAAUAGACAAAAUGACUAAGCCUAAACUGACGCCAGAGCAGAUAGAGUCAAGGAAAGUAGUGAAGACACUUUUAGAUCAAGGGGAUUUGUCACCGUUCAGCGUGCAGACGAGGCCUGUCUUGAGCAAUUACUGGCCUCUUUUGAGUCUUAUCCCGCUUCCAGAUUUACUAAUACUCGUAGAUCCAUCAACGCCUCAUUUCGAUUUGAUUUACGAAAAUUGCCACGUUUUGAAUCCAGGAAAGUUCUAUAAAGAUGGAAAGAUCAGCUAUAUGGAAUAUACUCCAUCCACCAGAAAGGCCAGAUUAAGACAACUAUCUUGA